UCUCUCUCUCAAUUCCUCACGACCUCACUAUUCACUUUUCUUCUCCAUUCACCACCUCCACUCUCAACCACCGCACCUCCCUUUCUUCACGGCCAUGAAAACCGACCUCACUGCUUUAGAGAUACUCGUGCUUGAAAAAUUGUGGAUCUCAUCUACUUCCAAAUCUCAAACCUAUAGGUUGCAAUGAUUACACAAGAUCAAACAGCACAAUGCUGAUGUUUCCAUAGAACGAUUUAAGCCACACCGUUCAUGCUCCAUUCCCGGCCUCACUGUCUUCGCGACGUUCUUCUUCAGUUUGCUCUCUCCGUCUUCACGUUAAUUGUUUGUUGCUUUUGGUUGAAAACGAUUUCAUCAUUAUUGGCAUCCCGCAAUUCAUCUUCUAUGAGCGCCCUCCUCCGUCUUUGCCUUAUCUAGUCAGAUCACCGCUGCCUCUGAAUUUUUCCGGUUCUGUUUAAAGAUGCAGUUUCAACACAACAUAGAGUAGUUAAGUAAGUUAAUGUUGUUAAAUUCAAACACCAAAACUGCAACAUGGGUGCUGGUGGAGAAGGAAUCGAUUUGCAAUUUACUCCUACAUGGGUUGUUGCUCUUGUUUGCACUGUCCUUGUCGCCGUUUCAUUUGCUCUUGUACGUUCUCUUCAUUAUCUUGGCAAGUUUCUUAAGAGGAAAAAUCAAGAAUCACUCUUUCAAGCCUUACAAAAAAUCAAAGAAGAGUUGAUGCUGUUGGGUUUUAUUUCUAUAUUUCUGGCUCAAACACAAAGUCUGAUUGUAGAAAUCUGUGUUCCAGAAAAAUGGAUGCAUCAUAUGCUUCCUUGUAAACUUGACGAAAAAGAAUAUGAAAAAACAGUUGCAAAAUCAAAACCAAAAACAGUUGCACAUUUUCAGACUUUUUUCUCUUCCAAUGAUGUUUUUGGCACUGCUAGACGCCUUCUUAAUGAUAAUUCUGAUCACCAAUCAAAAGACGAACAACAUGGCCAUUGUGCUGCCGAGGGAAAGGUACCUCUAUUAUCUAUGGAAGGACUGCAUCGCCUGCAUAUCUUUAUUUUUGUCCUAGCUAUUAGUCAUGUGACCAUAUGUGUUUUGACUAUGGUUUUGGGAGGAUUAAUCAUUCGUAAAUGGAAGCACUGGGAACACUCUAUUGUUGAAGAUGAAGACAAUGAAUCACAACAUGCUCGGGAGCGGGCGGAGGAGGUGAUUCAUGUUCAUGAGCAUGAAUUUAUACAGCAUCACUUUUUUGGUUUUGGCAAAAAUUCUGCUAUACUGGGAUGGGUGAGAUCAUUUUUCAAGCAAUUUUAUGGAUCUGUGACAAAGUUGGAUUAUGUAACAUUAAGGCGAGGUUUCAUUAUGACUCAUUGUAGGGGAAAUCGACAGUUUAAUUUUCAUAAGUACAUGAAUCGUGCACUUGAAGAAGACUUUAAGAAAGUUGUUGGUAUAAGUUGGUAUCUUUGGAUCUUUGUGGUCAUAUUUUUGUUGCUUAAUAUCAAUGGUUGGCAUGCAUAUUUCUGGAUUGCCUUCAUUCCCAUUAUUUUAAUACUUGCUGUUGGAACCAAGCUAGAACAUGUAAUAAUUCAAUUAGCUCAUGAAGUAGCUGAAAAUAAUUCAGCCAUAGAAGGUGAAUUAGUAGUUCAACCAUCAAACGAUCACUUCUGGUUUAAUCGUCCUCGCAUCGUCCUCUUCUUGAUUCACUUGACCCUUUUCGAAAUUUCUUUUGAGAUAGCCUUCCUUUUCUGGAUACUGGUAAUAUAUGGCUUUGAUUCAUGUAUAAUGGAACAAAUCCAAUACAGUAUUCCAAGGCUCACUGUUGGGGUACUUAUUCAGAUGCUAUGUAGUUGCAGUACCCUACCACUGUAUGCACUGGUUACACAGAUGGGAAGUGACUUUAACAAGGCGAUAUUUGUUGAGGAAAUACAAGCACGUCUGUUUAGUUGGGCACAAAAAGCAAAACAAGAAGUCCAAAACCAAUCUUCCCAAGGAAGUGUUCGUAAUAGUUCAGAUGUUAACAUUGAGAUAGGGUCAGUAGACAGAAGAGGGUCAGUAGACAGAAGAGGGUCAGUAGACAGAAUGAGAGCUACCCCAGAAGAGAGAAGAGGGUCAGUAGACAGAAUGAGAACUACCCCAGAAGAGAGAAGAGGGUCAGUAGACAGAAUGGCAACUACCCCAGAAGACGACAACGGCAUUGUCCCUAUAGAUGAAGAAGAGAAUGUACGAUGAACAUGUAAUCAUGUAACAAUAAUGUUUAUAUAGUUUUAACUUAUCAAAUCAGCAAUGGCUCAGUAAUUGGGGGUGACAUACAUGAUUAGACUUCUUGCUCAUCAUACUGACGUGACUUGAGCUUUAGUCUGAAAUUUUGCAACUGAUAGGUUAUAUUUAAAUUCAACCGAUUACAAUCAAUGAGGUUGAUAAUUCCUCCAUUCACAAUUGUAUUUGUAUUCUUAUUCCCUUGAUCCAU